UGAAAUUAAGAACAUUUCAUAUUGUUCCCUAAAUUGUUAAUAUUUUUUAAUAAUUACUCUCUCUCUCACACACAUUUGUAAUAGAAAAAAAACAACUUGUUUAACCCAAGAUUGAACUUAAAGCCCUUGUAUAAAUAGCACACCAGUUCUAACUAAUGCUAAUCAGUUGUUUUCUAAAACCUUAAGUGAUCGCAUCAAAAACAUUAUCUUUACUAAGAAAAAAUGAAGAGCUUCCUGUUAGUUUUAUGCGCAAUUUUGGCUAUUUUCGCUUUUGCUCAAGCCGAUGAAUGCAAAAUUGAAGGUCAUGUUGUGAAAGUGGGAGAAACUUAUUCUUUACCCGGUAAAUGUACUGAAAUCAAAUGUACUGGACCAAAUGCUUUUACUGCCAAAACCUGUCCCCAGGAACACAGUUUGAAACCCUGCAAAUACAUACCCCAAGACAAUAGCAAACCUUAUCCUGAAUGUUGUCCCCGUCAUGACUGUUAAACUUUUAAUUUGUAUUAAGAUUUUUGUAAAAUAAAUUAUAAAAAA